CCGACUAGCUAGCUUCCGGCACGUACGCCGUUCUCUUCCUCUUCGUUCUACGUAUCACUGAGCGCGUUGCUCGCCGAUAGUUUAAUUUGGAAGACUGAGAUAUAAGCACGAAAGGGAGGAUUACGGACAAUUACGCGCGGUAAUAAUGGCGGCGACAAUGAGGUGUCUUAUGAAAUUCAACGUGGGGCUGGCAAGCAAUUCUCUUCUCAGGAAUAGCUUUCUGAACUCUUGCAGAUUUUUAUAUUCAGACAGAAGCCUGGGUCUGCAGGGCUACGAAAACGCGCGACUGAACUUCCGCAAUCAGUUUCUAAACGUGGAGACCACAUUCCGCAACAAGAUGGAGGAAGUGUGCAACGCGGACUCGAGUAUGAUCUUCACCGAGGACCUCAAGUCCAUGCUGCACCUGGCCCAGAAGAAGCCCGAGGACAUUGAGCUGCUGAUCAAGAUGCUGACGAAGUUCAACAGCCAGGCCAAGGAGAUGAGAUUCGGCACCUUCAUCUUCGGCCCCGUGGUGAUGCGCACCUUCUUCUAUCUGGACGAGCCGGAUCUCGCGUACACGGCUUUCAAGGAUCCCAAGUUCGAGAGUUUCUUCGAUCAGUUGAUCAGUUAUCAGAUUCUCCUGACCUUGUUGUACAAGCAUGGAAAGUACGCGGAGAUGAGAGACGUGUACGACACAAUUAAGACGAGGCAAGCGGACGGAUAUCCCAGGAAUUCGUUAAUAUUAGUCAUGGGCGCCUGUUACAAGGAGAAUACACCGGAGACCUUCGAGUACAGCUUAAAUCUCUGGAAGGAAUUGAACGAAAAGGGCUACGAAAUCAUGCGCAGAGCCACCACGUUUCUAGCAGCUCUCGCGAUUAAGCAGAACGCGCCUCACAUAGCCAUAGAAAUCUUAAGUACGUUAAAAGAGGUACGAUAUAUCCACAUAAGAUGCCUGAAGGUCGUGGCUUACACAGAUCUGGACAGGUUUACCGAGAUAGUGCCCAUAAUCAGAGCGUCGUUGGAGCACGACAGGCCGAAUGCUACCAAAGAAACUUAUUUCAAAGACGUGAUUGAGAAGCUGGAACAAGCUAUGAUUAAGGCGGACAUCCCCGAGGACUUUGAGCUGUACAAGUUGAUUGCUUUAUUGAAACAGGAAGAUCACAUCUUGCCGGAUAGUCUGGAAGACAGUAUUUGUGCGGAGAUAAAGAUCGAUAGAAUGAGAACGAGGAGAUUCGGCAAUGAUAUGCAAUUGCAAAACAAUUUCCAAUCGCAAAGCAGUUUCCCACGACAGCGACCGUUUAAUAAUUUUCGUAACAGUAGGCCAGCGGUGCGAGAUCUUUUGUAAGUAAGUCUCUAGAGAUGUGUCCGUACGGAAGCUGUAGAACGUGUCUCGAUAUAACUCGAUGCUGCUGAUGUAAUUUAUCCGAGACAGGUUUAAGAUUGAACUAAUAAAUAAACGUAAUGUUUUUCUCGACCGAUGGACGAAA